AUGACAAGCCUUUCGAGGUUUAGUGGCUGCCCUCUCUCUUGCGUCAACCCCGGGGAGAGCAAUACUGAACCCAGCGUGGUGCUGCCACCUUUGGCAGGAGAGCACAUGGGACUCCCCACUGGCAGUUCCUUAAAACUCUGCCCCUCGCACAAUUUGCGAGACUACCACGAGACGAGGUCCAGUGCAUAUGUUGACCAUUCGGUUCCCAAUUUUUCAGACUCUGGAUACCCCAGCCACCGGUUAGAGCACAGCCCUAGGGGCAUUAUCAUUGGAGCCAAUCUUUCUGGAGCCGGCAUGCCACCCGUCACUGAUCAACUGGCAUCAAGAACUAACCAACAUGGCGGGAUUGGAAGGUAUCGUGACUUUCCUGGCUACAGAGACAACAGGAGCCAUGCUUUUUUCUCAAGUUAUCAGGAGCAGGCCCACGCCUCCACCGACGCAUCCCGAGAGCUCGGCAGCCAGAUGAUGCUGGGGCUACCUGGCGACCUCCUCAGCCGGACUCACCCUUAUGGGCAAACUAUCAGCCCCAAGGGAAACAGCCAGCAACUUGUCUCACAAUUUCUGGGUCUCUACAAACCCCUUAACAUGGCAAUUCAGCGUGGAGGAGGCGACGCUUUCCUCAGGUGCCCCAAACAAACAGUGAAGCACGAGCUGGUGUGCAAGUGGAGUGACGGCCAAGAGGGGGCUGGGAAGCUGUCCUGCUCCAGAGCCUUCGGGACCAUGUAUGAACUUGUCACCCAUGUGACAGUGGAGCAUGUCGGAGGACCAGAUCACUCUGAAUAUGUGUGUCACUGGGAGAAUUGUGCGCGAGACAGGAAGCCUUUCAAAGCCAAAUACAAGCUGGUGAACCACGUCAGAGUCCACACAGGGGAAAAGCCCUUUCCCUGCCCCUUUCACGGCUGUGAGAAAGUUUUUGCAAGAUCAGAAAAUCUUAAAAUCCACAAGAGGACUCACACAGGUGAAAAACCGUUUAAAUGUGAGUUCGAGGGCUGCAACCGGAGGUUUGCGAACAGCAGCGACAGAAAGAAGCACUCUCACGUGCACUCCAGUGACAAACCCUACAUGUGCAAGGUCAGGGGCUGCGACAAGUGUUACACCCACCCGAGCUCCCUGCGAAAGCAUAUGAAGCUGCACUGCAACAAGGCCCACGUCGCCAAAAGCGAUGACGCGCGUCCCGGUGAAGGGGGUCAAGUCGCGGAGGCCAGGUCAACCCGAGUCCCGGAUGGAGCCCAUAUCAGCCCUCCGCACCCCCCAACCUCAACUCAAGAUGUCCCCCUGUCCCCAGAGAGUCGAGACGAGUCGACCUCCAGGUCACGUUUCCAUCACACGUUUGACAGCAGUUUGGACUACUCCACACACAGGUCACAGCCCCUCUUGGACCCUUUGUUGCUCCAGAGAGGCAGCUACAGGUCCCAGUCCUCCCAGUACCCCUGCGGCCAGACAGGUCACACUUUUGCCCAGAGCUCAAGGACUUUCCCCUCCACUUCUCCCUUUCAGAAAAGUAUUGUCAAUGGAUGGUACACAUGCCACAGCGGCGUGGACUCUUUCCCACCAAAGCAAUGCAACAACGUCCCCUCUCUUUGAGUUCCUGCCGGGACAUGCGGGCGAAUUUACGGGCCUAUUUUUUUUUCAUGUUUUAGCCUAAAACCUUCCAGCUGUGUCUCUAUUACUCUCUGUAUUUUUGUGAAUGUUGUAUCAAAUAUUUUGUGACACGUCCUGAGUCAUCCUAUUGAAAUCUCGCAUUGCGAAAUGUGGCGAGCUUUAUUUGUUGUUGUGAGGCCUGUCUGGUUGGGUUUGGCUUGUAGCCUAUAGCCAUAUAUUUCCCAUAGUGGGUUGUAGGAACUUUGACAAAGUGUAUAUGCCUAAUU